AUGAAUUUAUCAAAAUUUGAUUUUACUCGUUUAAAAAACCUUUUACCAUCAAGUUUAAAAUCUUUAUCAAUAAAUCCUACAUCUGAUUUAAUACGUGAAGAUGAAAAUAAUGAUACAGAAUUUUAUUCAACACCGCGUUUUGUUCAUCAUAUUGAUGAUAGAGCUCGAUAUGUUUUAUCUCAAUUCUAUACUUAUGCAAUUAAACAAACACCAGAAAGUAUAACAUUAGAUUUAUGUUCGUCAUGGACUUCACAUUUACCUGAAAAUUUCAUUGGUAAAGUCUUUGGUCUUGGAAUGAAUGAAUUAGAAUUAAAAGAAAAUACAUCUCUAAAUCAAGGUUAUACAGUACAAGAUCUAAAUCAAAAUCCUUCAUUAUCGAAAUUUUCUUCAAAUACAUUUGAUUCAGUGAUAUGUUCUGUUUCUGUUGAUUAUCUUAUUCAUCCGUUAAAAGUUUUUAAUGAAGUUGGAAGAAUAUUAAAACCAAAUGGAUUAUUUAUAACUUCAUUUUCAAAUCGUUGUUUUCCGACAAAAGUUAUUCGAAAAUGGCUUUAUAUGAACGAAUUACAACGUGUGGAAUGGGUUGCAAAUUAUUUUCUUCAAACAGAUACUUAUUUUAAUCCCAUGACAAUCAAUGCUUAUUCAUUUUUCGAUGAAAAUUUUUUACCAAUUACCGAUGAACAAUAUAUAGAUCCAAUGUAUAUUGUCUCAGCAAACAAAAAGUAA